AUGGAGCCAGUAUUUUCACAGGGUGUUGGCUACGGCGUCGUUUUGGGAAUAGGUGCUUUUUUUGCCGUCUUGAUGAAUGUGGUGACCCUUAUUCAGAACAAGUUCACAUCUAAUAAAACCAACCGAGCUGAUGAGUUUACUGCAGCUUCUAGAAACGUACCUCUAGGCUUGAUGGUCGUUUCCAUUGUGAGCAGUUGGUGCUGGUCUCUAACUUUACUCCAAUCUGCGUCGGAAUCAUACAAUUAUGGUGUAUCUGGGGGAUACCUCUACGCAAUUGGGGGAUUCAUACAAGUGUCGGUAUUUAGUGUAGUUGCAUCUAAAGUUAAAGCAAAUGCGAACUUAGUAACAACUUUUCCUGAAGCAGGGUACCUCAGGUUCGGAACCGCAGGACAUUUGGCAUUUUUAUGGUGCGGAAUGGUCUGUAAUACGAUUGUAAGUGCGUGCAUCUUACUGGGAGGGGCUGCUGUUAUUAACGCUCUUACCGGAAUGAACUACUAUGCGAUUUUAUAUCUGCUUCCUUUCGUGUGUGCAGUUUAUGUUUACUUUGGAGGCCUUAGGGCAACAUUCAUUUCAGAUGCAUCACACACAUUUCCAUUGCUCGUAUUUCUGAUCAUAUUCGUAUUUGUCAUAUAUGGGGGCGGCUCUAGUGUUAUCGGCUCACCGCAGAAGAUGUGGGAAUUAUUGAGUGAGGUAGCCCUUCAAAAUCCGGUGGAUGAUAACUACCAUGGUUCCUAUCUCACGUUUAGGUCAAAAGACGGAGGAAUAUUUUUAUUUAUUUCUAUCAUUACCGGUUUUGGGCUUGUCGUACUAGAUCAGGCAUACUGGUCGAGAGCAAUCGCCGCGGAAUCUCUUAAAACAUCAAAAGCAUAUUUUAUUGGAGCAGUUUCAUGGUUUGUUAUACCUUGGACCAUGGGCUUAUCGCUAGGUCUAGGCGCGAGAGCUUGCUCUUUGAUACCCGGUUUCCCAUCUUUAUCCGAUGAAGAGAUAUCUUCUGGUUUGGCAGCUGUUGCCGCUGCCGAAUACCUGGUUGGAAAGGCUGGAUCAACAAUGAUAUUGCUGAUGAUUUUCUUUUCCGUUACUUCGUCGUUUUCAGGAGAGUUGAUUGCUACGUCAACUCUGCUCUCUUACGAUGUAUUCAAGAAAUACCUCAAAAAAGAUGCUACUCCACAACAAGUUCUUGUGGCAUCCAAGGCAGGCGUUUUCAUCUGGGCUAUCUUUGCAGGAAGUAUUGCCAGUAUCUUUUACAAAAUAGGCAUCUCAAUGGGGUGGCUCUUCAACUUCUUGGGCUGUGCCACUGCUAGCGGGGUGUUUCCCGUUGCACUGACAUUUACAUGGAACAAACUGAACAAAUGGGGGGCAGUCAGUGGAUCUAUCCUGGGUAUGACUUUGGCAAUCGCAAUAUGGCUCAUUACUUGUAAGGCAUACAUGGGUGAAAUCACUGUGGCUAACUUAUCCAAUAGAUGGGUUUCAUUUGCCGGAAACGCUGCUGCAUUAUUCCUUGGCGGUAUCUUUUCCAUCGGGGUUUCGCUGAUCUGGCCUGCGAACUUUGACUGGGACAACAUCAGGAAUAAGACCAUUCUCACAGAGCCCUUCAAUGAAACUGUUUUACAUAAAGAUGGAAAGUCUGCUGUACAGGAGGAGGAAACAUAUGAAAUAAAAGAUCCGGUGGGAGCCAAGUUAGAGAGCUGCUCUUCAUCUGAAGACGUCGAAGCUCUGGACGUUCCAUUAGCUGAAGUAAUUCCUGCUGCCAAGUUGAACAAACAGUUCAAGUUUUUCAUGAAAUUGUCACUGAUGUCCGCCUUCUGCCUUGCCGUUUUGAUCCCCAUUCCACAGAUUGCUGCUCCAUUUGUCUACACGAAAAAUUUUUUCACUUUUGUUAUUGCCGUCAACAUUAUUUGGCUAUUCUGCACUUUUAUACUGUGUGUUGUGCUACCACUCUUUGAGUCCAGAGAAUUCUUCAGAAACUUGAUCAGACAGCUUUCGCAAAAGACAGCCUAG